AUGACGGCCGUCACAACAUGGCGCGAGCAACUCCCCAAGUUGUUACUUCACUUGGCCUUGCCCCCUCGCAACGUCCUCAACUUUGACGAAACUGGUCUCUACAUCUCUACCCUCCCGAGGAGGACAUACGGCCGGUCGAAGGUCGUGGGGCGCAAGAUCCCGAAGGAACGCCUCACCGUGGGCUUCUUGUGCAAUGCGGAUGGGAGCACGUUUUGGCGUCCCCUCAUCAUUUCCAAGUCGAGGCGCCCCCAUUUCGACCCCGAGCCCUACUGCUAUUGGCGGGCGAACAAACGCGGGUGGAUGAUUAAUCAGUUGUUCACCCAUUUCAUCGAGCAAUUGAAUGCGGCAAUGUACACGGAGAGCCGCGACAUUGUCGUGUUACUGGACAACGCGAGCAGCUACACGUUGCUCACUGAGACGGCCGAAACCGAGGAUAUGCGUCUCAUCACGGAGCUGGCACUUGGCGACGGCGCCAUCCCCGUAAGGGAGUACGUCGACGGAGAUGACAACGUUCCGACGUGCGAUGAAGAAGGUGACGAUCCCCUCGCGUCAGAGCCGUCGGAUCCUCCCACAAGGGAGGCGUGGGAAUCGCCACUGCAAGUCGCGGCCGCGUUUGAUGGUGACCUGGGGAGUUGCGAGUCACGUCGCAUAGCUCGUGCGGCGUGUGACAUGAUGAUUGGCUACGCUAAGUCUAUCGGCGUCGCUCCAAGGGACCUCACCCUCCUCUUUGACAUCCGCAACCCCGUCGUCCGUGAUCGGCUCGUGCGGGCCAGCCCUAUUCUGAACCUCAACGAGCAGCCAAGUGCGAGCUCCUCCGCCCCGCGCCAUGGUCGGGUGCUCCCGCCGUCGAUCACGGGCAGGGACCGACUCAGUGAGCUGCUGCAUCAUAGCAUCCAUGCCGUGAUGGGGCCGUACGACGCAUCGGCUGAGUGGAUGAACUGCCUAUGA